AUAUUGUAAUUUCGCAUUUGUUUUCCUUCUGAGACAACGUGUUUGGUAGUACACUUUAUUUCGUACGAAAUAUUUUUUUCAUUCCCAUUUUAAGUUGAAAAGAGUGAAACUUAGGAAAUGGGAAAGCUGGAUGUGACUGUGUUGCGUUACCUGACCAAGGAGGACUUUAGGGUGCUUACAGCGAUUGAAAUGGGUAUGAAGAAUCAUGAACUUGUGCCGGGUCAAUUAGCUGCAUCUAUAGCCAAUAUUAAAGCCGGCGGGGUGCACAAAUUGCUCCGAGAGCUUUGCAAACACAAAUUGGUUUCAUAUGAACGUGGAAAGAAAUAUGAUGGCUACCGUCUUACUAAUACUGGUUAUGACUAUUUGGCUUUAAAAUCCUUGACUUUGCGUGGAUCUGUAUCUUCAUUUGGUAACCAAAUUGGUGUAGGUAAAGAGUCAAAUAUAUAUGUAGUCGGUGACGAAGAUGAGAAGCCGAUAUGUUUAAAGCUCCAUCGACUGGGUCGAACUUGUUUUAGAAAUAUCAAAGCGAAACGAGACUAUCAUGGACGUCGACACAAAGCAUCAUGGUUAUAUUUAUCGCGUAUAUCGGCAACGCGUGAAUUUGCCUAUAUGAGUGCUUUACAUGAUCGUGGUUUCCCAGUGCCUAAACCAAUAGACUUCAAUCGUCAUUGCGUGUUAAUGGAGUUGGUCAACGGCUGGCCAAUGACACAAGUUCAGGAGCUGACUGACGUUGAGCAAGUGUAUGACGACCUAAUGAAUUUAAUCGUACGACUUGGUAAUGCAGGCGUCAUUCACGGUGAUUUUAAUGAGUUCAACUUAAUGCUCACAGAUGAUGGAAAUCCAAUUUUAAUUGAUUUUCCUCAAAUGAUGUCAACCUCGCAUGAAAAUGCUGAAUUCUUCUUCGAUCGAGAUGUGAAUUGCGUACGCGAAAUGUUCCGAAGAAAGUUUGGAUACGAAAGUGAAGAGUUUCCAAAAUUUAGUGACCUAAAGCGUGAAGAUGAUUUGGAUGCAGAAGUUCAUUGUACGGGUUACGGUGUUACAAAAGAAAUGGAAAGAGACAUUUUACAGGAAUAUGGCAUGAUCGAAGAAGACGAGGACUGUGAGAGUAAUGUGAGCAAUGACGAAGAUAAAAAUGACACGCAGGAUGAAAAAUAUACCAACGAGGAUAUUAAAGUAUAUCGUCGUCAACUUGAAAAUGAAGUGAGCUUCAGCGAAGCGAGGAGCGCAAAGAAAACCGACGAUUCCAUACGUCGUUAUAUUGAGUCGUGCUCACAAUAUUUGGCAAACAUUAAUAUUACUGCAGAAGCGGAGCAUUCAGAUGAACUGCCGCCCAGAAGCAUCCAAAGUUUAGCAGAUAAUGUAAGCACUGAUAUUCAAAAAAUCUCAUCUCAAGAACAACAAGGAGAUCCCUCACAAAACGAAGCUGUAAUAGAUAAUGAGCCUGAUGUAGCAAUCAGUAACCAUGACUCUGACGCUGUAUCAAUAAGUUCCAACGACUUGGAGACUGAUAAUGUGCCAGAACUCAAUAACUUGGAUCCGAAUUCGCGAAUGUACCGCUUGAAAAUGGUGGAAAAACUUUUGAACGACACACGUAGUCAACGCUCUUAUUCGACCACAGCUAGUACAAUUGCGCCCUCUGUAAUAACAGAUCGCAUUAGAAAAAAUUUGGGCGCAAAAGAAAGACGUGAAAUGCGCAAGCAUUGUGUGGCCAAAGGCGAAGCGAGCGCUGUGCAUAGACAUCGCAAAGAAAAUAAGGAUGUUGUUAAGGAGUAUGCUGGAUGGGAUUUUUAAACAUUUCAGAAAUACUUUUAAAACAUUGGGAGAUAAUAAUUAAGACAAAAUGAUAAAUUAUUGUUUCGAAAGAAUUGCAGCAAUCAAGUAUCUGAAUUAUUUUUAGUGUACAUAUCAUAUAGCAAAUGCAAAUAACGCAUGCAGAAACAUUUGGAUAUAAUUCAAAGUAAGUUUGAUCACUUUCCCUUUGAAAAUAUUAUCAAAUUUAUUACAUUCCUUUAAAACAUGCAAGUUAAUGUGUUAUAUAAUAUUUAAAAACAGUGGCAUUUCAAGUAUUUACAUG